CAUCGCGAUAAGAAAAUGCCACACAUGGGAAAACGCGGCGUUUUGAGAGAAAAUCGGAUAGGUGAAAGGUGAUUGGUCCACGUCAUUAAAUGAGGGUGACGUGGUCAAGCGGAAGGUUAGGGGGCCAUGACUUGCUCGACACGGAACCUCAAACCGUAACCGUCGAAAAAUCAUCCACGACUCCGAGUGCUCAACUCAACCGCCAAUAUAGGGCAGUAGCGUCAGAGGGUCCUAGAGUUUUCAAGGUUGGAGACGAGUUCGAGUGGAGAGUUCCACUUCAGAAUGAUACAUCGGUUUACAGCCGCUGGGCGAGCACCAACCGCUUCCACAUCGGCGAUUCUCUCUCGUUUGUGUACGACAAGGACUCGGUGAUGGAAGUAGACAAAUGGGGUUUCUACCACUGCAACGCCAGCGAUCCCAUCACAGCGUUUGACAAUGGAAACAGCACGUUUUACCUUGAUCGUCCUGGUCUCUUCUACUUCAUCAGCGGCUCCAACGCCCACUGCACCAGUGGACAGCGUCUCAUCGUCGAAGUGAUGCAUAUCCACCACCACAACCACCACGACGCUUCCUUGCCUCCAUCCAUGUCGCCUCUCUCUGCCAGCUCUCCCUCUGAAUCUGCAUUUGACUCUCAUGAUCCUGCUUCUUCUGCGGUCUCCUCCUCCCUGCUCGCCUCCUUCUUCCCUCCCUUUGCUGCACUUCUUGUUGUUGCUCUUCUCUGCUGCCAACCAUAGCGCAUUUGUUUCAUCUUCUUAGUCUUCUUUGGUUGCUAUUAAUUUUUCCGUUUUUUUUGUCAUUCAACUUUUAAGAUAUUAUUAACCUCAUGUUUUCUUCAACAACUUCUAA